UUACUGCCACUGGGAGGGAGUAGUUGAAAUGCAGAGGCAGUUGCUACAUAAGAAUUUCGUCAUUAUUCUCGUGUUGGUGUUCACAGCAGGAGUGAACUCAUGGGAAAGUUUGGAAGUGUCAAAAGAUGUUGAAUUAAAUGAAAAUAUUGAUUUCCAGAAGACAUCAAUUAGUACAGAGAAUAAAAAUGAAGUGGAUGCCUUACAUGAUAAAGAAGAUUCAUAUUCAGAAAAUAGUAAUCCAACAUUAAGCAAUGUAAAAGAUACCUGUAGUACUAUUCAUGAUGAAAAAUCUUGUAACUUGAUGGAUUCUGCAGCACUGGAUGAAGAUGAUGACCAGAGUGAAUUAUCACUACUUGGAGAACAUGAUGAUAAAGAUGUCAAUACUUUACCACAAGAGUAUUGUACCAACAUUGCUGGGGAAGACAAUCAUGAUUGCCAACACCAAUCUGAUGCUACGCUUACGAAUGCAAUGCAAGAUGACCAAAUUAAUGGUGAGGAAGAAUUGGUAAAAUCUGAUAAGACAUCAAAUGGAGAAGUUGAAGAUGGGGAUAAUAAUCAAGACUUGGGCAGAAAUGAAAUUCUGGUGCAUGACUAUACAGGGAGAGUAUCAGAAAUAGAUGAUCUACAUCCAGAUUUGGAAAAUGUCCCUCUCAGGGAAAUACUACUGAAACUUAAGCCAGAAGGUCUGACAGAUGAUGAGGAUGAAGCAAAUAUGGAAGAAGAUAUUGAGGUGGAAGAGGAAGUAUUAGUUUCAUCAGGCUCAGCUGAGGAGCAAGAGGAAAUCCUUGACAAUGAUAGUAGCAACAGCAGCAGCAGUGGUAGCAGCAAUAGUAACAGUAGUGGUGGUGGCAGCAAAAAAGCUGUUUGCUUGGAGCUUAAUGUAACUGAACCUGUUAUUGAUGUUGAGUAUACUGUGCAGAUCAUCAAUGCAACAGCACUGAUGAAGUUACUACAGAUUGAUCCCAAUGUAACAAGUAGAUCAUCAGCUGGUCCAUGUUACCUUGUGUAUUUCUUCAGUCCAUAUUGUCCUUUUUCUGUCAUGGGCUCACCAUAUGUCAAUGCUCUUGCUCGUUCAGUGCCAAAUAUUCCUGUCUACGGUCUGGACAGCAUUGAACACCACAGUGUAAAUGCUCGCUAUGGUGUGAUGGGGACCCCAACAUUACUACUAUUCCAUAAUGGAAAUGGAGUUGGAAGAUAUAAUGCUUCUGAAUAUUCAGUGUCACAGCUGUUGUCUUUUGUAAAACAUUAUACUGACCAGGAUAUUAUCAACAUCAAUGUCACUUCAUCAGACUUUCGGGCUACUCUACCAUCUCAAAUAGCAGAAGGACGACCCUAUGCAUUAUGGGCAGCAUGGACUUUUCUCAUUAGUUUUGCUUCCUGGUUAUUCUUAACCUCUGAGCUAUGUGCCAGGCUCACUGAGGCCAUACUAAACAACUGGAGGGAAGCUGAAGCACAAAAUGAUCACCAAGAUUGAUAUUAUUCAUUAGUAACAUAAGACAUAUGAAUAAAAAGGAAACUGUACAGCCAGAUAUAUAUUUAAUGAUGUUUUUAAGAUAAAUUAAAUAAUUACUGGUAAAAUGAUAAGGUGGGUGUCGAUGGUACAGCGGUAAUGCACGUAACUUACCAAUAUAUCAAGGAGUUGAGCCUCGGCCCGGACACACAUAAGAAGGUUGUUUUCUAGUGUGAAUCUACCCAAUAUCACAGGUUUCCCGGUUUCCUCCUGUACUAACACUGGAUAGACCAUCCACCUGAAUGGCAAGUAAGCUGAUAGUGGCAAAAAUUAUUUUUAAAAAAAUACCAGAAGUGAAAAAGAAUUAACUGGAAGGUCAUUCAUACUAAAACAAAAGCUGAGGUAUUUAGGUGCAAUAUUGAAAAAGAAAAGUUAGAAUAUGAUCAACUUCUGUCAAAUUAUACUGGUGUUAAGUCAUCAAAAUCUUUAUAAAUAAUAUGGAAGCACAAAAUUCAAAUAUGGUUGAGAAAAAGUUAACAUCUUUGAGUCUGUAGAGUUGUCCAGUAAUUGAGAGAUUUCUUUGUGGAUGUAUAUACUGUAUAUUAUAUAUGUACCCUGUAUGUAUAUGUAUUUAUCUCAAUUGUUGUGCCUCAUUCAUACACUUAUUUAUAGAGAAUUCUUUAUGACUCAAUUAAAAAAGAAUUAGAUAAUAAUAACACAGCUGCUCAUUUUUUAGGAAAGCAAAGAAUACUGUACAGCAUUAUUGUAUAUACAGUAUAGAGAUUCAAAGAAAGUAAGGUUUAGAAUGUAGAGCAGUAAUAGAAGUUUUAGAGUAAUGAGGGUAACCAAAAAUUUAAUACUGUAUGUUAAUAAAAACCACCAAAUGGGGUUGGAAUAUCAUUCAUAAUUAAACUGCUGAACUGUAAUGAGGUCACUGAAAUUCUGAAUGAAUUUAUUCUAUUUCAAUGAGUUUACUGUACUAAUAUGUUGAAUAUUACAUUUAAGGUGUUAGUUAUAUAGAUAAAUAUGUAAUCCCCAUCAAUCAAGUACAAUUUCCAAUGUAAACUUUAUUUUCAAAUCGGUGUAUCCAAACUUCUUGAGCAUUUUUACCAGAUUUUCACCAUUCAGUGAUGUAAGUCUUCCUGCUUGUUCAUUGAUUUUUGUUUUAUGUUUUUUUCUGUAUCAUGGAAUGGAAAAUAGAUAUGUAAUUAAUAACACAAACUACAGGAUUACUUGAAGCUAUGUGAGAAACUCUUAGAGAUUUAUUCUAAAGGCUUUACUGAUUGUAAAUUAGAAAGGUGUGGUAAUGAAGACAAAAGUGGGGAAUCAACAUAUUAUUGAGAAGAAUGGUGUAGAUGGCAUAAUUUUAUGUUUUUUAUUUGAAGAUUUAUCUUUGAAUGUGUUGUAAAAAAAAAUUGAACCUGUAAGUUUUGUUCAUAUUAAAUAUUAACUUAAUUUACCUUAUUUGGAUUGCUAGAUAUUUAUUGGCCUUACUACACUUUUAUGCUGACCUCACUUACUCACGAGUUGGCAUAAAUUAUUUACUAUUGAAAAAUCAUACACAGUACAGUAUAGAAUUAUCAUAAAUCGAGGUACUACAGGUACUGUAUCGAUGCUGUACCCUCAUGUAUUGUUCAUAGGUGAGAAAUACCACUCAUGAACGCAUCUUUUUGGAUUAAUGUGGUAAUAAACUCUUUUUAAAGCUA